GAGAUUUGAUGGAGAACGGAGUCUGGGGACUGUCACAGGAAGCGAGUGUCUGGCUAUGGGGCCAGCGGUGUCGAUUCGAGCUCGGGCGAUGAGAAGUGCUGGCUGUGCUGACGACGGGCGGCCUCGGCUGCGGUGAAUGGGGAGGGUGGUCUCGCGACUGCAGAGUUGGAGAAAAUGUCGGACCAAAUGGCGAUGGUGAUGAGCAUGGAGAUCGGGGAGAGUAUGCAAGAGCUGGCCGCGGAAGGGCAGAAGCAUUUGGAGGGCACUGUGGACGCAGCGCAUGACAUUCUCGCGUCGCUGAAUGAGGUGCUGUGCAAUCCGGUGUUGUGGGCGCAACCGGUCCCCGAAAGCAGCAGCAGUAGCAAGCCUGGUGGAGCUCCGCCGCAGCAAGAGCAGGGCUGGCUUGCGUUAGAGACCGGACGCCUGCGUUACAAAUCCACCACUGCUGCGCUACGCGCUUCUAUCAACAACAUUUUCAACAAACCCCAGAUGAGAGCACAAGAAGGUGAUUCCGGCCAAGAUAAGGGCUCAGCAGCUGAUCUUGAUCAGCUAGAGAAACAGGCUGCACGACUUAGAGAGGAAGCCACAAGGAAAAACCAAAUGGUGAAGCUGUUGAUAGACCAAUCGCGUGACUUGGUGUCCGAUAUCUCCAUGUGGCAAAGUGCUGAGUUAUGAACAGGCGUUGCUGUACAUAGGCUAUAUCAGAGUUACGAGUGCGUGUGCAAGGUGUUUACGUACACAGAGAUAUGGACACAGAAACGACCAGUACUGACGGUCGUCAGUACAUCUAAGGAGAAGUCCGAAGUUCCCUGAAUAUCAUCUCAAAUGAUGGUUUCUUUUGAGUUGCUAGACGUUCAGGUAUCACACAUCCACAUGCUUCCUCUGUGAAGAUAAAAAUUCAGCGUUUACCACGUAGAUCAUUCUGCACUGAAAGUUUUGUAAAAUAGUGAGGACACGAAGGGAGCUGCUUACGAAAUUUGUAGAUUUAGGUUAGUCGAAAUGGUUCUAUGUUAUAGAUGGGAGGCACUCAUCUCACGGAAGACAGGUAGGUCAGAGCGAAAUUAAUUUGAGGUGACUCUCUGCUAUCACCCGAGUUAGAUUUUUACCUGUUUUCUGUCCGGAAGUCAUGGUGGUAAUGUCAUCACGUUAUACCUUUUUUUUUUCAGAUAUUUAGAUGACCUUGUCAAAUUUUGCCCGAUGAUUGGCACUUACUGAAAGUUGCUUCUCCUGCGCACACGAGUAACUUAUUGUUGCUGCAAGCCUGCAACUGUGAACAGUGG